CGCCUAAGACGGGAUGCGAAAUUGUCCAGUGAAGAGCCCAAGGUUCCCCGAGCUAUUGUUCUGUGUGCCACAAAGGAGCUUGCCGAGAAGCUCCUUACUGUGGUAAAGUUCCUUCUCAAACCUGUGAAGUCGAAGACUACAGUGGAGGAUGGUCAACUUGAGUCUAACGUUCAGGAAGAUGCAUCGGAUGCUUCAGUUGGCCUAUUGGUUACAACACCUGGUGAAGUGCUUCAGAAAAUAGAGGAGGGUAGCGUUGUCCCUAAUGAAAUCAGAUACUUGGUAUUCGAUGAGGUGGAUGAUAUAUUUAAUCAUGGCUUAGGUCCUGAGAUUCAGAAAUUCCUGAGUCCACUAAAGGAACAUGCAUCAAACUCUAAUGAUCAAAGUGUACAAACUAUUUUGGUUACUUCAAUGAUAACAAAGGUUCUACGUGAAGAUCUAUCUUCCCUUGUGGAGCAUCUUGAAAGUAGUCACGCAGAAGUUGCCGCGAUAACAGUUGAAAUAGACCAAACAGAAGCAUUUCAUCUCCUCGAGUCACCAGAAGCUCUAAAGAAAAAAGCUGAAGAGGUCGUCCACUCUCUUCAGCCAUCUUCAUGAG